AUGACAGUCGUUUUAACUAGAGAGCAGUUAGCCCUAUAUCUUGUACGAGCUGCAGAUCAGCUUAAACUAAAGUCACAGCGCAUAGUCCUUUUAGAUAUGGCUGGCCAUUCACAAUCUGUUAUCACAAGAGAAUGCAAAUGCUCGUAUACUACAAUUCAAUUGGUUCUAGAGCAAUACAAAAAACGGGUACAUUCUGGACUCCAAAAAAACCAGGUCCAAAGUUAA